CACCAUGUCAGCUCCCGGCCUAAACAAUAACAAAUAUUCCAACCACAUCUUGAUGCUCCUCUCCACUCUUCAAAAUCCGGAGAAUCUUCCUGAGACCGAAACUAUUUUCUUCCCAAGCACGAUUGUAAUCCUUCAGCCGUGAUCAUGGGCAACAUGCUAUCGAGUCGUCGGGUUCAGGAGAGCCUGCAUAUCGACGAUUCGCCCGAUUCCAACGACAAAAGGCUCUUUCCCUCUCACAUGUACACGGGCCCCUUGAAACUAGGCGAUCCCAACUAUCGCGAACUAUCGAAUAUGGAAAAGGACCCGUUGAUUCCUCAACGAAUGCGAGAUGUGUCCCGAGAACUCUGUCCCGACGAGGUCAAGAAAUUCUUGGAAUGCGGCAAAAAAGAGGGUCUCGCAUCGUUUUACCAAUGUCAAGGGCAAAAGGAUGAAAUGGUAAAAUGCAUUGCUAAAUGGCAAGACAACCCUCAAUUCAAGGAGGCCAUCACCCAAGAAUAUCUCAAUGAGCGUAGUCAUUACCGUCAAACGGGUAUUCGGACCUCUCGAUAUCAGAGUACGAAAUACAUCCACCGCGAUCCGAACGAUCCACCUUUGGGCCCGGAUGGCCAAUAUCGACCCCGAAAGCCGGCCCAGUGGGACGAAUCUUACCCGAAUGGCGCUCCGGAAUGGGCCGGUGAUAUUUAUAAGUAGUGAUGGACCUUGGAUAUGUUUGCUGAUUUUAUUGUCUGGGCAAAUAGAGAGAUACAUUCAGACUCCUAGA